GGAAAAACGCGUCAACGCGCAUGCGCAAAGCACACCUUGUACCUCAGUUUGUUGGCUGGAUAGGCGACUCGGCAUCACUUACAAGCUUUAACACUACAGGAACCUGCCGAACCGAAACUUCACAAAUGCAGGUCCUGCAAUGGGAUGUAGUCUCACUUGGCUGAGGAAAAGCGAGAGGAAAAACCUGAAAGCGCAUCAGUUGAAGAUCACACGUUAACGUCAGCCUCGUACAGAGCGGACAAGGCACUUCAGCUCAGUUGAAGCUCUUAAACGAAAUGUCUGCUGUCACUGUACCGACACCAGAACCCCCCCAGGCCGUCAACCCACCCCCUCCUGAGGUGACGAACCCGACCAAACCAGGCCGCAAGACGAAUCAGCUGCAGUACAUGCAAAAUGUGGUUGUUAAGACCCUGUGGAAGCAUCAGUUCGCUUGGCCCUUUUACACCCCUGUUGAUGCCAUCAAACUGGGACUGCCUGAUUAUCACAAGAUAAUAAAGAAUCCAAUGGACAUGGGCACCAUCAAGAAAAGGCUAGAGAAUGCAUACUACUGGAGUGCCAGUGAAUGUAUGCAAGACUUUAAUACCAUGUUUACCAACUGUUACAUCUACAACAAGCCCACUGAUGACAUUGUUUUAAUGGCUCAAGCAUUGGAGAAGAUCUUUCUGCAGAAGGUGGCCCUGAUGCCUCAGGAGGAAGUAGAAUUGCUCCCGCCUGCCCCUAAGGCCAAAGGUCGCAAAACAGGACCAGUUCAGGAAGAGGGACCCGUGACUGACUCUCCACCCACCGUGUUCCCUGGUGCUACCUCACCAAGCUCUCAAACGCCAGUCAUCUCCUCUCCCACAGUGCCUGCAGUCACCCCCAGCACGCCCUCUGUACAAAACCCCGCCUCCGCUCCUCUAGUGCCUGGCAUGCCUCCCUCGCAACCCAUUGUUAAAAAGAAAGGGGUGAAAAGGAAAGCAGACACCACAACCCCCACUACCUCAGCCAUCACGGCCAGCAGGAGCGAAUCGCCAACCCCGCUCUCCGACGCCAAGCAGGCCAAGGUGGCAUUGCGGCGGGAGAGCACCGGCCGGGCCAUCAAACCUCCCAAGAAGGUCAUGGAUGAUGGAGAAGCGGGUCAGGUUGGAGGCAAACGAAGCCGGCUGACGGAGCACCUCAAGCAUUGUGACACCAUCCUGAAAGAAUUGCUGUCAAAGAAGCACACGGCGUACGCCUGGCCUUUCUACAAACCGGUCGACGCCGAAGCACUCGAACUGCACGACUACCAUGACAUCAUCAAACACCCUAUGGACUUAAGUACAGUUAAAAAAAAGAUGGACAAUCGGGAGUACCCGGACGCGCAGAGCUUCGCUUCAGACGUGCGAUUAAUGUUCUCAAACUGUUACAAGUACAACCCACCUGAUCAUGAGGUCGUAGCCAUGGCCCGAAAACUACAAGACGUGUUCGAGAUGCGCUUCGCUAACAUGCCAGACGAGCUGGCGGAACUGAACGCACCGGGUGCCGCGGCCGGAGCGGGUGUGGUCAGCAAGAGCACGGCGAGCAGUGAGAGCAGCGGCGACUCCUCCAGUUCGGACAGCUCCGACUUGGAGGAGGAAAGAGCCACGCGCCUCGCCGAGCUGCAGGAACAGGUGGGUGCUGAACAGUCACAGCUCAAAGCCGUCCACGAGCAGCUAGCUGCUCUCUCGCAGGCUCCUGUCAGCAAACCGAAAAAGAAGAAAGAAAAGAAAGACAAAGACAAGAAGAAGAAGGACAAUAAGCUUAACAAAGCCAAGCCUGAGGACGACAAGAAAUCUAAGGCGACCCAGCCUGCGAAACCGACCCUGCAGAAGAAAGCUCCAUCCAGGAAAGCUAACAGCACCGUCCCUGCCAACAGGCAGCCUAAGAAGGGAGCCAAGGGAGGGCCGGUCAACGAGUCGGGCGACGAGGAAUCCGCUCUACCCAUGACGUACGACGAGAAGCGGCAGCUGAGUCUGGACAUCAACAGGCUACCCGGAGAGAAGCUGGGCCGAGUGGUGCACAUCAUCCAGUCGCGAGAGCCCUCGCUGCGAGACUCCAACCCGGACGAGAUCGAGAUCGACUUCGAAACUCUCAAGCCGUCUACGCUUCGGGAACUCGAGCGAUACGUCAAGUCCUGUCUGCAGAAGAAACAGAGGAAACCCACACAGAAAGGCGGCGCGGGUCCCGGUUCAGGUCCAUCACGGCUCAGCGGCAGCAGCAGCUCUUCAGAUUCGGGCAGCAGCAGCUCUAGCGGUUCCACCUCAGACAGCAGUGACUCCGAAUGAUCGUCAUUAUUUCAACUUUUUAAUUUUUUUUUUAAAUGUUGUACGCGGUUGUGAUUCUCUAAGACUUUUUAUAAGCGAGUGGGGAGAAAACGAACACGUCAGAACUUUUUUUUGUUUAGUUUUUUUGUUGUUUCAAAGACAUACAAUUAUGGAAAAAGGACAAAAUUAAAUCAAGCUCAAUUUACAGUGUCCAGUGGUGGGAAGGAUCAGAUCAUCCAAGCUGCAGCAACAUGACAAGGAAGGGUUAAAGAUUCCAAACCUAAGUGAUAUUUCUGUGCAACAACUGAUCGUACCAGGAGCUCAUGGAAUUCUCACAUCUUCCACCUUGUUGAUUAACAUUCAUCUUUUCCGCUCUUUCACGGCAGGCUGUGUUGUAUUUAUUUUUUUGCUUAUUAUGUUUUUUUUACAGAAGUAUACAUGCCAUCAACAGAUUUUUUUUUAAUUGUUCACUCUUGCCACAAGGUGUAGUAGAUUUUUCAUAAAAAUCAGUCAUCUGGCUCCUGUAGCUUGCAUGCUCAUUACAGCUUCGAUUUAGAACGAUGAACAUUUCUGGAGUGUUGUAUUUUGUGGGAGUGAUUUUGAGUACGUGAGAAAUAUUAAUGAAAUGCUUAAGGUGUCUUCCUCAUUGUUCUAUCAUGUUCUGAACUGAUUGUAUCCAACUGAAAAUAUCUCGACUCACUCUGGCAUCAUGUUCUUCAGAGGCUUUUUCAGUCACACGUCCAUGGAAACGACAGCAGAAAAUCCAUCUUCCGUCCUCUUUAAAUGCUCUAUUUCUGUAACAGAUUAUUACUUUUUUAAGAAAAAUAUAUCGUCACUUUCAGAUGUUUCCAGUGUAGUUUUGGUUGAUUGUUAAGAAAUCACAGAGUCUUCCUCCGGUCGUGUUCAUGCAGCGCUGAUAUGUGAAUGUAAGUAAAGCCGGUUUUUCAGCACGUCCUGUUUUCUAUGAAUAAAUGAGUGUUUAUUGCCCCGACAACUCCACUUUUUCCACUGCAGCUCUUUAACAGAGUUUAUUUGAUUAUUUGUGCAUUUAAUUGAAAUCAGUGUGAAGAGAAAAGGAGUGCAUAAGUUUACGGAGAAACUCCAGUCCUGAGGGAAAUUAAUUUUACUAAUUAAAACACUAAUGGCUGGAGUCAGCUGAGUAAUUAUUUUGAUGUGCUGUGUGUGUGUGUGUGUGUGUGUGUGUGUGUGUGUGUGUGUGUGUGUGUGUCUAUACGCUUUUAAUGAAAGUUCUCUUUACCUUUUCCACAACGUUGAUAUUCACAACCAUUGAGAUCAGUGCAUAUCCAGUUUAAUAGAGGAAUAACAUUUAGACUUUAAGACUGAAACAAUAAAUAUAAAUAUAUAGCAGAUGUAUAAUCUAAAAAACCUUCAGUUUAUUUUAAGCCCAGGUUCAAAAAUAUAAGUGCUUUUUAUAUUUUAAAAACAAAUGUUUGCUUUUAUCUUUGUCAUGCAUGCCAGUUUUUGUACGUUUCUUACUCAUUUUUUUAGUCGUUUAUAGUUCUCGCUGUAAAGGCCGGUUACUGGAUCAGCAGUGUGUUUGAACAUUGAGCAUUUGGAGUCAGUAGACACGGGCUUGUUUACUGAACCUGCAGGUUGGACGUCUGGCUUUAGACUGGGGACACAAUCUAAAGUUUGUUGUAUUUGCAUACCUGGGAUCUCCAGUUUAACGGUUACGUUUGUUUUUCAUAAAAUAAAUGACCAAAAUAAACAUG